CGGCCCCUGACGCCGGCCGAGGCGCCGCGCCGCUGCGGCUGCGGGCGGCGACGGCUGCACCAUGGGCCGGCUGCUGCGGGCCGCCGGGCUGCCGCCGCUGCUGCCGCCGCUGCUGCUGCUGGCCGGGGGAUCAUUCCUGGGCACAUGGGCAGCUGGAUCUGAUGAGCCUGGCCCAGAGGGCCUCACCUCCACCUCCUUGCUGGACCUCCUGCCACCCACAGGCCUGGAACCGCUGGACUCGGAGGAACCCAGUGAGGCCAUGGGACUGGGAGCUGGCCUGGGAGCCCCUGGCUCAGGUUUUCCCAGUGAAGAGAGCGAAGAGUCCCGCAUUCUACAACCACCACAGUAUUUCUGGGAAGAGGAGGAGGAGCUGAAUGACUCCAGUCUGGACCUGGGACCCACUGCAGACUACGUCUUUCCAGACUUGACUGAGAAGGCGGGUCCAAUAGAAGAUACCAGCCAGGGUCAAGAGGUGCCAAGUCUGCCCUCCCCUUUGCCCAAGAUGAACCUGGUGGAGCCACCCUGGCAUAUGGCUCCUGGAGAGGAGGAAGAGGAGGAAGAGGAAGAGGAGGAGGAGGAGGAGGAGGAGGAGGAAAGGGAGAAGGGAGAGGUAGAGAAGGAAGAAGAAGAGGAUGAAGAGGAGCUGCUGCCUGUGAAUGGAUCCCAAGAAGCAGCCCAAAUUCAGGUCCACAGCUUUUCUCCCACCAGCAGCAGUGAGAUGUCAGGGGCUGCCAAAUACAGGCAUGAAGAAUCUGGGGACCAGGCCUCUUUGGAUGUGGAGGUGGGGAGCAGCAUGGAGCCCAGCUUGUCACCACCCGCAGUCACCCCAAGUACAGUGACCCCGGGGGGUCAGGACUUUGCCAGCCAGGAGGCAGGGGGCACAGUGCUGCCAGUGGCAGGACAUGGGGUAGACUUUGAGGCUCCUCAGGAGGCAAGUGAGGAGGCCACUGUGGGAGCAGUGGGGUUGGCUGGCAAGCAAGGGGAAGUGCCGUCCUUCGCAUCAUUCCCUCAGACAGAAGCUCCCAGCGGGGCUGAGACACCAGAUGAAGACCCCCUUUACCCUGGAGCCUCAGCCUCUAUCCCCCUGGCCCCCCGAGACGUGGAACUGACACCUUCCUCUGGUACCUUGGGACGAGAAGACCAUAGCCAUCAGCCCCAGGAAGUACAGGCUGCGGAAGCCCAGUCCAGAAUACCCUGGGAUUCUACUCAGGUGAUCUGCAAAGACUGGAGCAACCUGGCUGGGAAGAACUACAUCAUUCUGAACAUGACGGAGAAUAUAGACUGUGAGGUGUUCCGGCAGCACCGAGGGCUGCAGCUUCUGGCCCUGGUGGAGGAGGUGCUGCCCCGCCACGGCAGUGGCCGCCACGGGGACUGGCACAUCUCCCUGAGCAAGCCCAGUGAGAAGGAGCAGCACCUUCUAAUGACCUUGGUGGGCGAGCAGGGGGUGAUGCCCACUCAAGAUGUCCUUUCCAUGCUGGGUGACAUCCGAAGGAAUCUGGUGGAGAUUGGCAUCCAGAACUACUCCACUACAAGCAGCUGCCAGGCACGGGCCAGCCAAGUGCGCAGCGACUACGGGACGCUCUUUGUGGUGCUGGUGGUCAUCGGUGCCAUCUGUGUCAUCAUCAUCGUGCUGGGCCUGCUUUAUAACUGCUGGCAGCGCCGGCUGCCCAAGCUCAAACAUGUGUCACACGGCGAGGAGCUGCGCUUCGUAGAGAACGGCUGCCACGACAACCCCACGCUGGACGUGGCCAGCGACAGCCAGUCGGAGAUGCAGGAGAAGCAGCCCAGCCUGAACGGCGGCGGGGCCGUCAACGGUCCGGGAGGCUGGAGCGCGCUCAUGGGCGGCAAGCGGGACCCCGAGGACUCGGAUGUGUUCGAGGAGGACACGCACCUGUGAGGUCGCCCGCUCGCCCGCAGCUCCGGGCCGCCGUCCCCCGCGGCCGGUGCCCUCGCCCCGCUGGGCUUGCGCCGGGAGGGGCCGGGCGGACCCGGGCGGACCCGGAGCGCACUGCCGCGCCCCCCGCUCCCGGCCUCGGCCCUCGGCGCGGGGCCUCCCGCUUCCCACCGGCUCGCGGAACAGUCUCGGCACAGCCCUCCCCAUUCCCACCUGACGGCCCCAGGGGCCGCGCCCCGGGACCCCCAUUAAAGCCGCCCGGAGACCACGCCGG